GCGAUGGAUCAACCUCUGAACCCUUACAAAGGCUUUGAAGCUCAGGAUGGCUACUUUUCCCACCGGCCAAAGGAGAAGACACGAACCGAUAGCAACAAUGAGAACUCUGUCCCCAAGGACUUUGAAAAUAUUGACAAUAGCAACUUUGCUCCCCGGACACAGAAGCAGAAGCAUCAUCCAGAACUGGUGAAAAAGCCCAUCAAUGCACAGAAGGAACGCUUACGGAGAAAACUAGAACAGGAGGAGAAAGCAAAAGAGAACUCCCUGCUUGGAAAGAACUCCAAUGACCCCCUGCCAUUGGACAAUUCUGCCCCCAAGCCCGGCAACCAUUUGAAGGACAUACAGAAGUCCUCCCGACAGUCUCGUAUGAAACGGGGUGGGAAUGGUUCUCCUGAGCUCGGAUAUGAUCAGCUGCCAAAAUGUGACAUCUCGGGCAAAGAGGCCCUCUCAGCCCUAUCCAGGGCCAAGUCAAAGCAGUGUCGGCAAGAAAUUGCCGAGAUGUACUGUCAGCACAAGCAAGGGAAGCUGAUGCCUGAGCAAGUGACUCGUUUCUGCCCACUGGAAGGAAAAGCCAAUAAUAAUCUCCAGUGGGACGAGGACUCCAUAGAAUAUAUGCCAGCUGACCCAGUCAGGAUUGCUUUUGUCCUGGUUGUCCAUGGCAGAGCUUCUCGACAGCUGAUGCGCAUGUUUAAGGCUAUAUAUCAUCAGGAUCAUUUUUAUUACAUCCAUGUUGACAAGCGCUCCAAUUAUUUACACCGGCAAGUGCUCCAGUUUGCAAGCCAAUAUCCAAAUGUGAGAGUCACCUCUUGGCGCAUGGCAACCAUCUGGGGAGGAGCUAGUCUGCUGUCCACCUACCUGCAGAGUAUGCAAGACCUCUUGGAGAUGAAGGACUGGCAGUGGGACUUCUUCAUUAACCUCAGUGCUGCAGACUACCCUAUCAGGACAAAUGACCAGCUUGUCGCAUUCCUGUCAAGGUACCGCAACAUGAACUUCUUGAAGUCGCAUGGAAGAGACAACGCAAGAUUUAUUAGGAAACAAGGCCUUGAUAGGCUGUUUCUGGAAUGUGAUACCCACAUGUGGCGACUUGGGGAUCGGAAAAUUCCAGAAGGAAUCACUGUAGAUGGUGGUUCAGACUGGUUUCUGCUAAACAGGAAGUUUGUGGAAUACAUCAUAUUUUCAACUGAUGACUUGGUGACAAAGAUGAAAAGGUUCUAUUCCUUUACUCUGCUUCCUGCUGAGUCUUUCUUCCACACUGUCUUGGAAAACAGUCCUCAUUGUGAGUCCAUGGUAGACAAUAACCUGCGUAUCACGAACUGGAACCGAAAGCUGGGGUGCAAAUGUCAGUACAAGAAUAUUGUGGAUUGGUGUGGUUGUUCUCCCAAUGACUUCAAGCCAUCUGAUUUUCACCGGUUCCAGCAAACGGCAAGACCAACCUUCUUUGCACGCAAGUUUGAGGCAGUUGUGAACCAAGAAGUCAUUGCUCAGUUGGAUUAUUACCUCUAUGGUAACUAUCCAUCGGGUACUCCGGGCCUUCGAUCAUACUGGGAGAAUGUGUACGAUGAACCAGAUGGGAUCCACAGCAUUAGUGAUGUUGCACUGACCCUGUACCACUCGUUUUCCCGUUUGGGCUUGAAGAAAGCAGAAACGUCCUUCCACAUGGACGGUGACAACAGUUGCCGAUACUACCCAAUGGGCCAUCCAGUUUCGGUCCACCUCUACUUUCUCGCUGAUCAUUUUCAGGGCUUCCUCAUCAGACACCACACUUCCAAUUUGGCUGCCAGUAAGCUGGAGACCUUAGAAACGUGGAUUAUGCCCAAGAAGGUGUUCAAGAUUGCGAGCCCCCCGAGUGAUUUCGGAAGGCUGCAGUUCUUGGAGGUUGGAACAGACUGGGAUGCUAAAGAGAGGAUAUUCCGGAAUUUUGGAAGCCUUAUUGCUCCAACGGAUGAGCCUGUGGGGAUGCAGAAGUGGGCUAAGGGUCCCAAUGUCACCGUGACAGUCAUCUGGGUGGACCCCAUCAACGUCAUUGCCGCCACCUACGAUAUCCUGAUCGAAUCCAGUGCUGAGUUCACACAUUACAAGCCGCCUCUGAAUUUACCCCUCCGGCCAGGAGUUUGGACAGUUAAAAUCCUGCAUCACUGGGUCCCUGUGGCUGAAACCAAAUUCCUGGUCUCUCCUCUGACAUUUUUGAACAAGCAAGCCAUCAGACAAGAAGAUGCCUCAAAGCUGCACGGUGGACCUCCGAAGAACGCCUACAUGGAGCAGAGCUUCCAAGGGCUGAACCCAGUGCUGAACAUCCCAGUCAGCACUGGGCAAGUGGAGCAGGUGAAGAAGAAUGCCGCGUUGACGGGGACCAAGCUGGAGAGCUGGGUAGACAGCUUGGUGGGAAGCGUGUGGUCAGCAGUCGAUAUCUGUAGUAUAGGCCCGACCUCCUGUCCAGUCAUGCAGACCUGCAGCCAGACAUCUUGGAGUUCCCUCAGUCCUGACCCAAAGUCCGAGUUGGGCCCUGUGAAACCAGAUGGACGUUUGAGGUAGCACCUGGUACACCUUUUGCUGGCUUUAAAAGGGAACCUGAGCUUUCUGCUCUCAUGAUAUUUUUUGAUGGGGUUGGUACAGGUCGCAGGUGAGCUGCUGGGGGGUCUUUAAGAAAGCCUACAAAUCGAUGUUCAAGAAGGGACUGAAAAUCCCAGCUUCUUUCACUGAACGGUUUUCCCAUUUCAAGGGUUUUGGAGGUUGGGAGGAGGCAGGAAAGGAGAAACCCAUUGUAUGAAACAUCUGAAGUUUCUGAACAGGGGGCAGCAUAUUUUCAACUCUUAGCUAAUUUAUUUCUCCCUCACACACCCAACACAUUAUAUGCCAUGUUAUUCACUGUUUCCUGAAAGUCUUAGCAAUGCAGCUCAGUCACAAAUGCUAAAAUUGCCUUUUUUUCCCAGUUGUCUUCAUUUUUCCAAACAUCCCCUUUGAUGUCUCGCAAAAACGUUGACGUCAUUACUCCACCUAGCUAAGCCUUCAAAGUUAUUAUAUUGAAUCAACAGAUGGUAUAAUAUGGAGUGCCAUUUAACCCUCUCAUGCUAACAAAGAUUCGGUGUUUGGUCUUCCAGAUGAGCUAACAAUGGCACAAGACUUCUCCCCUCUCGACUACCGUCCAAAAUGGCUGCCUUCCGAAACAGGCAUAGCUAGGGAGUUAGCUGAAGGACGAAAGUCACUUAGGCAUGUAAAAACCCCUAUGUUGAAUCUUCCACGUCCUCAGAUCAGACUGGAAAAUAGUUUUCCAGAAAUCCAGAGAAAUUCUUUCUAGAGUGUGUCAACAAUGCAACACUAGACUACCUAAAUCUCAGCAUUGCCUCCUUUUGGCAGGGGGCUCAGAAAUUAAGAGAUAACUAUGCCUCCCAGUUCUAAUAGUCAUUAGUGAUGGGUAAUGCUCAAGAGCUGUGUUCAGACAACAUCCUUGACCAGGUCAGAUCGAGUGAUUCAAUUCAUAACAUGCUAAGCUUGUUAGUUUUCAACUUGGCUAAUUUGUUUCUGGUUUAAUUGUGGUGGCACCCAACCUGUCUGGUUAGCUUCUGAUUCCAUCUUUGGGGAACAGCUAGAAAUGGGUUAAUUCAAAAGUCGGAUUAAUUGUGUUGCACAGACACAGCCAAACCAAAGCUGGAUGGGACGGCCCCAGCCAACUCAAGCUGUUUCUUAUUUCUGCAAUGCACAGCCAGCAGGAAGAAUAUGUCAUAUGCUCAAUAGAGUGGCAGGAUGCAGAGAAAUAUUCCUUUGACCACCACCACCCUCCUCCCAACACUUGGUUCAGUGCCCCAGAAAGAGAGGAGAAAGCGCUUCUUAAAAAGUUCAGACAGGGGAAGUGAUAGCUGGAAAAAAAUUAGCUGUCUUCUGCUCUUACAUAGCAUUCCGUUUACUGGAAAAAGGUGGAAAAAGGCUGGCUUGGUUUCAAGAAGACUUCUCCUAGACAAGUCCAAGAAGCCUCAACGUUAAAUCCAGUUUUGUAUUUAUUCUUUAACUUUUUGCAGACUCUGAGUCCUGUUUUAGGUUUGGGGGCUGUGGGAUUUUAGUCUUAAGGGUGCGAAAAGCAAAAUUCUAUUCAUAAUUAAAUGGCAUUGUCCUAACUGAUGUUCAGUGAAUUACUUUAGCCUAGGUUGCACCCAGACAAAGAGAGACAGAUGUUUCUGUGCAUAGACACACACUUUUGUUUGGAUCUUUAAUUCAUACCCACUGGAUUCUGAUGGAGCUCCAGCUCUGGGGUUAAGUCUGUUAUUUUAACAAAAGCUGGUUUUCUCCUUUUUUGCCCCUUCCUCCACUUUUGGACCCAGCUCACAUUUAAAGACCAUGAAAAGAGCAGAAGGGCUGCGAAGAUAACCAGGGGACAAGAGAAAAAAAAUCUGGCUUCCCUUUUAAAGUGAGCCCUGUGGUGUCAAACCUGGAAUCUGGAUGGCUUGCUCAUGAAUUUCCCACCGUCCUCUUUGGUUUAAAGCUCUUACAGUUUGCUUUGGACUUGUGAAAUUACAGUGUUAGCUGUGCUGGCGUAAAGGCAGAGCAUUAAAUAUUUAGCUGGCACAAAGGAAAAGCUGCCUUGGAGAAGGUGAUGUUAGGUAUUUAUUUGUGUUUUAGUCAAUGACUAACUCUUAGGGCGCUCCUUGCGCAGCUUGGAGAUGAUCAUAUCUUGCUAACUGAAGCUGCCUUUGUUGAGGAAAGGCCUUUAAAACAAAAGAAAAUGGUCUCGGUUUCCUUCCUUCCCUUUCCACUUCCUCAGGUUUUGCUUUCUUCUGCCCCCAAUAUUUACAAGAGUAACUAAAUCUGAGGCUCCCAAAUGUAGGAACUGCAUCUUCUCCAGUCUGAACAGUCAGAGAUUUUAGGAGUUCUGCUCCAGCCUCCAGGGGAGUCCCAAGACCAGGAGUUAUUUUACUCAAGGGUUCAAGUUGCUCAAAGUGAGAAGAAAACUCUUUCAUCAGAAACCAUCCAACCAAAUGUAUCCACUGCUGGGCUUCAUAUGGGUGUCUCCAUCUGUCCAUUCAGCCAUCCACGUCUGUCACAAGACAACACGUGUUCUAGAAGACAUCUAUCUUAUUUCUUCCAUAGAUAGCUUUUCUCUGCCUCAGAUAAACAUCUAGGUCUCUCCUGAAGAUCAGAUGAUGGCAAGUAGAUGAUCUUUAUUUUUGGCCCAGCAGGCCCAUCGUUCUCAUUCUAAAGGACAGAUAAGUGUCACCCCAACAUUCCAUUAUGCUGUUUUUUAUAUGCACAUCUGUUGCAAGGAAUAUUUGCUGAAGGAAGCAAAACACAAUUCGGUAUAAAAGCAAGAUUUUGACUGCUUUGUGAUAUGGAAAUGGACAGAUGGAUAUGUCAGGAGAGUAAGUUGAAUGCAGUGGGAAUGGGCUAUUUAAGAUGUGUGUGUGGGGUAAAACACGAAUGAAUGGGUGGUGAAUGAACAUAAAUUGAAUACAAGUGAAUGAGUGACCAAUGUGAUCAGCGUUGGUCAUCUAGAAAGAAUGAAUAACGACUGAGUUGCUAGAACAAAUACAUAAGGAAGACUGGAUGGAUCCAGAAGACGGGGAAGGCUGCAAAAGUCAUGACCGGAUGGAGCUAUUGAGAUCCAUAAAAGAAAGAAAAGAGGCAUGAGAAGGUUAAAGAACAAAAAGUGAUGUAUGAAGUAGUAUAUGGAUAUAAUAAAAGCGAGGGUGGUUUACAAGGGUAGAAAGGUAUGUAUACAGGAUGGUGUUAGUAUAAACUACUUUUAGUGAUUUGAAUGCUGAUGAAGGCAAACGUCACUUCCUUGCUGUCCGUCCAUCACGACCUGGGGCUGGGAUAUCAUAAUUCUGUCAAAGCCUUUGAGUUGGAAAGAGACUAUAGGACUCAUUUAGUCUUAGUCCAGACUUCCACAAUCUUGAAUAUCCUCCAGAUGGAUGGAUUUCAGUUUCCAGAACAACGCUGGCUGGCUGGAGAAUUCUGAGAGUUGAAGUCCACCUAUCUGGAGGGCGCAGAGGUUGGGGAAGGCUAUUGGAACUCUUUUCAGCAGAAUGAUCUGCUUCACAUGUCAGCAAAGAAGAGAUUCACUGCAUGUCACUACCAUCUAGAAUUUGCUGCCUACACAAGGUUCCUCAUGAGAUUAUGAGCCAGAAAGGUUGCAUGGAUCUUACAUUCCUUUCCAGAGCUGAAAUCUAAGAAAUUCUAUUGUACAAUAUGGGUCUACUCUACUCCAGUCAGUGCCUUCCAGAUAUGCCUUCCCAGCCAGCUGGGGGUCACAGACCUACACAUCCAGAGGCCACACCAAGUGGUCAAGAAUGCUUGCCCUCUGCACGUCUCACACAAGCUUUUAAAAGAGGGAUCUGGCCUCCAGAUAGUUGGCUUAUAGUUCCCAUGAGCUCCAGCAUGGCCAGUGGCCAGGGAUGAUGGGAGUGGUCAUCUAUCCACACCUAAUGGGCCAAAGGUUGUCCCCACUGACCUUUAGGAAGUCUGCUUACCUAUCUUCCAGGUUCUUGGAAUUGAGUGUGCAAACAAGGUAACCCUAGAUGGUUUGUGAAGGCCCUGUCAAGCAGCAAGGAGUCUCACUGGCAGAUACUAGUUGUCCCUUAAGGCUGCCUUGGUCAAACAAGGCUGACUUGAUUUCUACCCAUCUAAACAUGAGUCAGAAACUCCUUUGUUGUCACUUCAUGCUGUUUCCAAUUUAUAGGGGAGCCAAAGGGUUGAGAUUUCGCCAAGUGGGAUAUAUCAGAUGGCAGCAGGAUACACUGAAAUAGGAAAGAAUGUUUUCAUCCUUUGCUCUCCCUGGAUUUGGAAGCAUUUUUUACAAAAUCCAGCCAUUGGAAGCCAUUGGGUAGCUAAAGUUCUUGACCAAAGUAGAUACUGUAAAUGGGAUGGGGGUGGGGGGGAAGUACUUUUCUCCAAAUGGUUUGGAUACUAGUUGGAGGAAUUACUUCCUUGGAUACUGGUUGGAGGGAUUACUAGUUGGAGGGAUUACUUCCCACUCCAAAUGAUUUGGAUGCUAGUUUCCAUUAUGGUCAUACAACUCUACAAAGGAAGGCACGCUACCCAUUUCCCAUGCUGACAAACUCCCGUUUCAGUCUGUCCUGUCUGUUUUUAUUGUUUCUGCCUUUGUUUUCUUCUUUUGCUCACGGGUGCUACCAAAGGUACUACCUCACUGAUAAUUAAAAAUUACAUUCAUUUGAGGAACAGAAAACCGGAAGAGGGAGGAAAAGGGAAAAUCUCUUUGAGUUGAAUGUACAAUCUAUGCAAAUUCUCUCUCUCUCUCUCUCUCUCUCUCUCUCUCUUUUUCUCUAUUUUGGUAAUAAAUAAAUAAAAGAUGGAGAAAGAAAAAAAAAACUUCUAAGUAUUAGAUUUGUAAACCUUGCCAAAUAAACAGCAAGAUACUGUACAGGCGUCUCUGAUAGCAGAGCACUUUCAUAUCCGGCGCAGUUCGUUGUGCUGCAUUUGUAUAUUAUAAAUGGCUUGUUCUUUGAUUCCGUUUGUGAUUAAGGAAAAUAUAUAUAUAUAUAUAUAUAUAUCACCUUUGAUGGAAAAAAAAAAAUAGAGAUCCUGUCACUUGUAAAGACUAGCACCUUCAGUUUUGCUGGGAAUAUGCUGGAUGAGAAAAUCACGUGUUCCGUUGAUCCGUAAGUUGCUCUUAAGGAUAGCAGGAGAAUAUCAGUUCUUUCAAAAGCUUGAGACUUAGGCUGUUGGUUGAAAGAUUUCCCUAUGGGUAAAUCAUCUUAUCUGGACUAUUUCCAACUCAGCGUUCAUGCCAUGGCAUCCAGUGAGUUGCUCCUUUUAAAGAAGCCUUAAGGUCCUUCAUCUUUUUUUUUUUAAAUGUGGCCUUAAAAAACAACAACCGUGUUUGGAAGUUUUAGCUGUUGUAUGUUCUUUCUCUCUGGACUAUUGUCAAUGUAUUAAAAAAGAAAAAAAAAACCCUUUCAAA